AUGCAGCAAGUCAACCUGAUGCUGAUUCCGACGAAAUGGGAACACUACCUGGACUGGGUACCCAAGCUGCAAAUUGGAACUCGAGGGCAGCAACACACGACUAGUCGCCCCCCACGGAACCCCAAUGCCAUGGAUGUCGAUGCAAUGCGGAAACCGGAGAAAUUGUCUGAGGAACAGCUUGAAUGGCUCAACAAGAAGCUCUGUUUCCGCUGCGGCAAGCACAAGUUUACGACUGGCCAGAAGUGUCGCAACCCUCAGUACACUGGUUACUACGAGCUCCCGGACAGGAAGAAGCAACCGGCCGCUCCGACCAAGGUAUGCACGAUGAACACGGCCAAUGAAGACAAGUGGGAGUACAUUUGCAGAGCCCUCAAGGAGUUUGAAACCGCCAGGGGAAAAGGCAGAGGCAAGGCACCAGAAACUGAGACCACUGCACGCAUCGUCGAGGUCAAGGAAUCUGAGGAGGAUUUUCUGGAACGGGUACUUUGA